UCACAAUAUGGAGCUGGACCGUGAUUUGCCCAUAGCCUCAACCAGCUCUGCUGUUCUCUUGGUCAUGGGUACAAGAUGGACUUGUCAUGGACCUUCCCUAUUUGUGCUCUUCUGUUAUGGGCAGCUCUUGCCAUGGCUCAGGACCGAGGGUGAUCAGAACUUAGACAAGUUCUACAAUGAGACCAUGGCAAAGAUGUUCCUGCAGUUUUAUGAGCAUACCGCCCAGGUUGUAUGGAACCAGUUCAUGGAGGCCACCUGGAACUAUGUCACCAACAUCACCAAGAAAAACCGGGAGGAGAUGCUGCACAAAGACUCAGAGAGGUCCCAGCACAUGCCGUACUUUGGCACUUGGGCCCGCCUGUUUAAGAUCUCCAGGUUCCAGGACCCGGACAUGAAGCGCAUGCUGAGUAAGCUGCAGAACAUAGACAAGGCAGCCCUGCCCCAGGACGAGCUCGGGAGGUGAUGGAUGGAGCCCCCAUGUCUCCAGGCAUAUGCUCCCCACCCCAGGGGUGGGUGGGCUGGCCAGGUGGGAAGCCAGAGAGUCUGGGCAGGGGGGAGGUUGUCAGGAAGGACCAUGAGCUUCCUUUGGGGGAGGGAAGCAGAGGCUGAAGGGAAGAUGCCUCAGAUAGGCCUGCCCCUCCCAGCUGGAGGGGUUAGAGCUGGGGGUGGGCCCAGGGGCACAGGCCUGCCCUAGGUGACACCUGCCGCCCAGUACAACAUGCUUCUGGCCUACAUGGAGACGACAUACAGCAUGGCCCAGGUGUGCCUGAAUGAGGGACCCUGCCUACCCCUGGAGCCUGGUGUACUCACUUUUGAGGAGUGGAGGGUUUGCCUAAGGCAGGAGCUGCUGUGGGCCUGGCAAGGCUGGCAGGAUGCUGUGGGUCAUCAGCUCUGCAUCACCUUCAAGUGCUAUGUGCAGCUCAGCAACAGGACUGCAAAGCUCAACGGUUACAAAGACAUGGGGGCCUUGUGGUGGUCCAAGAGUCUGACACCCUGGAACACGACCUGGAGCAGCUUUACCAGGAGCUGCAGCCACUCUACCUAAACCUGCACACCUACAUGUGCCGGGCCCUGCACCGCCACUACGGGUCAGAGCUUAUCAACCUGCGGGGAUCCAUCCCUGCCCACCUCCUGAGUAACGCCCUAGCUGGUAGCAGAGUGGGGGAACAUGUGGGCUCAGUUCUGGGUCAACAUCUUAGACCUGGUCCUGCCCUUCCCAAAGAAGCCUCUUGAGGACAUCACAAAAAUCAUGAAAAGCCAGCACUGGAAGCCCUCAAAAAUGUUCGAAAGGGCUGAAAAAUUCUUCACCUCCCUGGGGCUGCUUUCCACCCCUCCCAACUUCUGGAAAACUUCAAUGAUGGAAAAGCCAACCGAUGGGCGAGAGGUGGAGUGCCACGCCUCUGCCUGGGACUUCUAUGACGGCAAGGACGUCAGGGUAAAGAAGUGCACUGAGGUGACCAUAGAAGACCUGCUCUCCAUCUUCCACCAGAUGGGCCAUAUCCAGUACUUCUUGCAGUACAAGAACCUCUCUGUGAUCUUCUGUGCAGGAGCCAACCCAGCCUUUGAAGAGGCCGUGGGGUCGAUGGUCACCCUCUCGGCCUCCUCCCACAAAUACCUGCUCAACAGAGGCCUGCUCAGCCACCAGCACCAGGACUCAGAGGAGGAGGUCAAUUUCCUGAUGGGCAUCGCCCUGGAGAAGAUCGCCUUUAUCCCCUUCGCCUACCUGAUGGACCUGUUUCGCUGGAAGGUCUUUGAUGGCACCAUCCAGAAGGACGUCUACAACCAGGAGUGGUGGAACUUGAGAUGGAUCAUUUUAUCCCCAUCUUGCAGACAACAAGACGCAGUGACAAUCAGUAACUUUCCCACAGUCGCACAGCUCAGAGGGGCAAGGUCAGAUCUGAAUUUGAAAGUUAAUGGGAUCUGCCAGGGACUAGUUCUGGGACCUCCCACCAGUUCCCUGACCUCUAAACUUUGGUCUUCUCAUCUAAAAUGGGAAUAACAGCAGCACUACAUUGCAGAGAUGCUAUUCUGUUUCUUCUUGGCACUUCUUACCAGAUGAAGUGACCUUGUGGGUCUAUAACCAUCCCCAUCAUGAGGAUGCAAGAAAGACCUUGAGUAGCCCGUUCCCUCCCAUGUCCCUAGAAUCGGGACAGUGUUGAGUGAAUCUGCGUGAAGAGCUUAGCAUGGUUCCUAGCACAGAGGAAGUCAAUGUUAACUACUGUUAUUAUUUGAUUCUGAUUCCCAAUUCCCAAUCCCAUGUGUUUUCAACUCAUUUAUUUAAUCU